AUGUUGUCGAUUCUGCUUGCACUGAGUCUUCUGCAGUUGUCCUCGGUUUACGCGUGGACGACCUACGUCGUGCCACACACCGAUGGAACCGACGACUCUGUCGCCCUUCAGGCUGCAUUGGCCUCCACGAACUACACGUCAAAUGCGACCAUCUUAUUUCAGAAGGAUGUUUAUUAUAACAUUUUCAGCCCUAUCACGUUCUCAGAGUUGACGAAUGUGGAGGUAAGUGUUCAAGGAAACUUGUCGUAUCCAACGAAUAUCUCUGCUGUACAAGCCGCUGUUACAUCCUCUAGCUAUGGCGGAGCUUGGUUCACCUUUAAAGGCGGCAGCAACGUUACUCUGCGAGGCUCUACCGACCCAUCAUGGGGCUGGGUGGACGCGCACGGGCAAGCGUGGUGGGAUGCUGUCGAAGAAACGAAUCGUCCUCACGGCUUUGCAUUCAGCAAGAUCACUAACGGCCUGAUCACGGAUAUGAAAAUUUGGAAGCCCAUUGGCUGGAAUUUCGCUACCAGUGGCUCGUCGAAUGUCGUCAUCUCGAACAACAAGAUCUUGGCUGCGUCAGACACGUCAUCUUUCCCAUUCAAUACAGACGGAUUCUCUGCGGGCGGAACGAACCUCACCUUUGAGAAUAACCACGUCGUCAACGGAGACGAUUGCCUCACCGUCGGAAACGGCGCGACCAACAUCGUCUUCAAGGACUCCUACUGUGAAAAUGGGCACGGGCUCUCCAUAGGCUCACUCGGGGAAGGCGGCGACGUAGCGGAUGUUGAGAAUAUAUGGAUCGAGAAUAUCGUCGUGAACAACUCGCUCUAUGCUGCUCGGUUCAAGAGCUGGACGGGAGGAAACGGUCUCGCUCGAAACAUCACCUGGAAGAACAUCGCAUUCGAGAACGUGAUGUUCCCCAUCUAUAUUACUCAGAAUUAUUGGGACCAAGACGACGGACCCAAGCCAAACUCGACCAGCGUUAAUAACACCCACGUCCAGGAUUUCCUCUUCCAGAACUUCUCUGGUACCAUCCAAGACACGCCAGGACACGUCGAAGGCUCUUGUAUAACCGAUCCCUGUUGGUACGCAGUGACAAACGCCACAGGCAAAGAAGUCGCCAUAUUCGACUUGUACCCCGACACCGCCACGAAUAUCGUCGCGAAAGACAUUGCCGCCACUACAUUGACGGGUUCACCUGUCACCGCCAUGUGCAAUUCGUCCACGAUUUCGACAGACGUCGGAUUCAAGUGCUGGGAUGGGCUCUUCAUCCCUACGAAGGCGGGUCUCUGAGACUUCUUGGAGGGCUAGCAUUUGUAACUGAGAUACAAGGAGCAUGAUGGUUGGACGAAAAAUGUAUGGCGUCGUUGCUGAUGUCCACCGUCAUAACAUGACCGAAAGAAGUAGAACAAAAGCAAAGCACUCCAAAACGGGUUCCCUCUCGAGUCCUAGCAAGGUACGGCGGGGAUGUAGCGCUGAAAUUGAUUACCACCAUAGCCUUUCACUCCAAAAGAUUGUUUCACUAAACAGGUUGUGCUUUCAACGAACGUUCGCACGAUACGACGAUAGUUUUGUCAACGAUAGAUCAUAUAUAACACAUACAUCAUACAGAGGAAGGCAUGGCCAAGAAAUCAGAAACAAUCACGAGUGGGGGUGCGACAUAGUACGAUAGAAGGUAGAGACGAUGGAUAACAACCGGUGGGCAAGAAGAGCUGUCACUCUUUAAGACCUCUCGCCACGGAGACGCCUGGCAAGCGCGAGAUCCUUGGGUUGGAUCGUGACACGCUUGGCGUGGAUGGCAGCCAAGUUGGUGUCCUCGAAGAGGGAGACGAGGUAGGCCUCGGCGGCCUCCUGGAGGGCCAUCACGGCAGAGGACUGGAAGCGCAAGUCGGUCUUGAAGUCCUGAGCGAUUUCACGGACGAGACGCUGGAAGGGGAGCUUCCUGAUGAGGAGCUCGGUGGACUUCUGGUACCUCCUGAUCUCACGGAGGGCGACGGUACCAGGGCGGAACCUAUGGGGCUUCUUGACACCACCAGUGGUGGCAGCUUGCGCAGUCUUCCUCGCGGCCUUGGUCGCGAGCUGCUUACGGGGAGCCUUUCCUCCGGUGGACUUGCGGGCGGUUUGCUUAGUACGGGCCAUUGGACGAUGUAGAGUGUGGUUGGGUAGAAAUAUGGGGGUGACUUGCUGGGCGGGCGGGGUCGGGGGAGUUGAUG